GCGAACGCCUUUUUGGCGUCGGCGCGGAGAGCGGCGGCGCGAAGGGAGUGGAACCGCGCCGCGGGGACGGACCCGACGUCGACGGGCCGGAGCGCGGAACGCGGAGGCGCGCGGCAUCGCGCGGCGGCGGACGCGCGGCGGCGACGACGCGGCGGCGGAGGCGAGGCGCCGCGCCGCGGUCGAGACGCUCGCCGCGCUCAGCGAGGACGCGGAGGCGUCGAGCGACGCGACCGCGGGCGGCGUCGACGAGGGCGUCGGCGAGUGCUCGUCCGCGACGAGCGACGACGACGCGGUGGACGAGGGCGAGGUGGACAUGAGCACCGGGGGCACGGAAACUGGGGAGACGGACGACGACGACGACGACGACGACGACGACGACGAUGUAGACGAAGACGAAGACGCCGCGAUGGUCGACGUCCUGCGCGCGCAAAACCUCGAGCUCAGGGCGAAACUCAGAGAGGCGACGUCCGUGCUCGCGUCCGUGUCGCGAGAGAGAAAGGCGACCGCGGACGCGAAGCACGCGAGAGCCGCCGCGGAAGCGAGAGCGAAGACCGCGGAGAAGCGACUGGAGCGGUGCAGACGACACGUCCUCGACGCGGAACGCCGAGCGAUCGACGCGGAGACGCGCGGCGCGACGCUCGAAAGCGACCUCGCGGCUACCAGGGAUAAACUGAGCAAAGCCACCGAGGCCGCCGCGGCCGCGAAGGCGGAGCUGCGCGCGAACGAGCUCUGGAGGGAGUCGGACAAGCCGUCGUCGCCGCGUCCCGCGCCCGCGCCCGCGCUGCCGCUGCCGCCGCCGCCGUCGGAACUCGACGUCGGCGUCGCGGCGGCGCUGCACGACGAGCUCGCGUCCGCGCGCGCGGCGCUGACGAGCGCGCUCGCGGAGGGGAAGCGACGCGAGAUUGAACUCACACUCGCGACGCGCAGGACGGAGAAGGCGGAGACCGCGCUGGACGACCUCGAGAGGAUGCGUCUCUCGCCGUCGCCGUCGCCCGCCGCGGAGCCUCGAGGGCUGCUCGCGUUUUUAUCCCCGAUCGGCUCGGCGGCGGAGGCGGAGGCGCACCGCACGCGCGAGGCGACCGCGACCGCGGUCGGCGUCGCGUCCGCGGUGAAACGGCGGCUCGACGAGACCGCCGCGGAGCUCGACGCAUCGCGCGCGAGCGUCGCGCACCUCGAGUCUCGACUCGCGCUCGAGCGUCGUCUUCGCGCCGGGUUGCAGCUCAGCGCGGACGCCGCGGAGGUGUACGGCGAGCACGUGCGUGAGCUCGAGGGAAGGUGCGCGAGCUUGGAGUCUGAGGUGGUGUCGUUGGUGAAGGCGAUAACGCACGUCACGCGGAAGUUGCGGACGCGCGAAAGGAGCGACGGCGGCGGAAGCGCGAGCGCGCGCGCGGCGUUCGGCGUGGACAUGGAAAACGCCGACGGCGCGCGUUUCUUUUGCUUCAAGUUUUGGCAGCAGCUGUCGUCGACGCGCGGGAGAGGGUUCACGCCGCCGCCGGAGAACGCGCGGCACAGCCCGGCGACGCCGAAUCCGCUGCUGUUCCGCUUCGGCGAGGGGGGCUUUCCCGCGCGUCCCGGAGGGACGCCGACGCGGAAGCCGCCGUCGUCCCCUCCGGCGUUCAAGUGA